AUGAAAGGAAUAAUUCGUUUUGGAAAGAAGGGUAAGUUAGCUCCGAGAUACGUCGGACAAUAUCAGAUCGUGGAACGCAUAGGUUCAGUUGCCUACAAGCUAGACUUGCCACCAGAAAUGUCGCAGGUUCAUCCUGUCUUUCAUAUUUCCAUACUCCGAAAAUAUGUAUCAGAUCCAUCUCGAGUAAUCCAACCGCAAGCGGUGGGCGUAAGCGAAGAACUAACAUAUGAAGAGCAAUCAGUGCAGAUCGUUGACACACAAAUACGACAUCUGCGGACAAAGAAAAUACCCAUGGUGAAAUUCCUUUGGAGAAGUCAGUCCGUAGAAGAAUGCACAUGGAAAACAGAAGAGGAUAUGAGACAGAAAUAUCCAUACUUAUUCACUCAAGAUCCGGCAAGGCAAGCAGCAGCUCGACAAGGAGCUCGGGAAGCUUGA